AUGGAGCAAAGAGAGGGAGAGAGCUGGAGGGAAUUGGUGAGAAAGAUGCUUCCCCCAGGAGUUCCUCUCCCUGAAGAUGAGACUAAGCUUGAUUAUUCCAUAGCAAUGAUGUAUGAUGGCCCACCAGUUUCUUAUGAUGUCCCUAAAGUUGAACCUCUUGACGUAAGUUCUCAUGUGAUCCCCACCGCCGAACCACUUUCAGAAUCACAAAGAUUGGUUUCAAAUCUAGGUCCUCCGGUAAUUGAACCAAUACCUUUGCCCAUGUCUCGUAUAGCUGGUGUCACUGGUUCACCUAAUCAAAGUCCCAGAGUAUCAGCAAGCUCAGAGUCAGUAGUCUCUGUCUUGCAAAACCCUGACUUUUCUUCUGCUUCAGCUUCAGCUUCUCCAGGGUCAGUCCACAAUUCUCUUAGUCGUCCUCCACAACAAAUGGCUAGCGAAGUAAAGAGAGUGCCGGUUGUUACAUUUAACACUGUUGAUAGAUCCGAGAAGAAAGAUGUUGAUGUAGAGAAGCCAGUUUAUCCAGAGUACGUUGGGGUUUCAAAGGAAAAGAAGAAGAAAAAAGUAGGCAAUUGUGUGCUUCGGGCUAUGGGAUCGAUGCCUGAAGGCCGCAAGUGUGUGACAUGCAUUGGUCAACCAAUUGAUGAAUCAAAGAGAUCGAAGUUGGGGAAACAUUCAAGGGUAUUAUCACGAUUGCUUAGUCCUUUGGAAGUCAAGCAAAUUAUGAAAGCAGAGAAAGAAUGCUCUGCUAAUCAGCUUCGGCCAGAGCAGCUGAUUGUGAAUGGACAUCCUCUGAAGCCGGAAGAGAUGGCAGAAUUACUUGGAUGCCCAUUACCUCCGCGGAAAUUGAAACCUGGUAGAUAUUGGUAUGAUAAGGAAUCUGGUCUUUGGGGAAAGGAGGGAGAAAAACCAGAUAGAAUCAUUAGUUCAAACUUAAAUUUCACUGGGAAACUCAGCCCUGACGCAAGCAAUGGUCACACGGAGGUUUAUAUUAAUGGCCGGGAAAUUACCAAACUUGAACUGAGGGUUCUGAAACUGGCGAAGGUGCAGUGUCCACGUGACACUCAUUUUUGGGUCUAUGAUGAUGGUCGUUAUGAAGAGGAAGGUCAGAAUAAUAUCAGGGGAAAUAUUUGGGAGAAGGCAUCAACAAGGAUUGUUUGUACACUUUUCUCUUUGCCUGUGCUCCAUGGCCAACCUCAUGGACAGAGAGAUGAGGCCAGCAAUUAUACCACCGUUCCAAAUUAUCUAGAGCAGAGAAAAGUACAGAAACUUCUUCUACUUGGGAUUCAAGGCUCUGGAACCAGCACUAUCUUCAAGCAGGCCAAAUUUUUGUAUGGGAGCAAGUUCACUGCAGAAGAACUGCAAGAUAUCAAGUUGAUGAUCCAGAGCAAUAUGUACAGGUAUCUUAGCAUUUUGCUUGAUGGGCGGGAACGCUUUGAGGAGGAGGCAGUCUCCAAGAUGAAGGCAGUUGAUGUCGAAGACCAAAACUCUGAAGCAGGUGAAGAUGUUGACCAAAGUGAAACCAAUCAGUGUGUCUAUUCAAUAAAUCCGAGGUUGAAGCAUUUCUCUGACUGGUUAUUGGACAUUAUAGCCACUGGAGAUUUGGAUGCUUUCUUCCCUGCAGCAACACGUGAGUAUGCGCCAUUAGUUGAGGAGGUGUGGAGAGAUCCUGCUACACAGGAAACAUAUAGAAGAAAAAACGAGCUUCACUUCCUUCCAGAUGUCGCUGAGUACUUCUUGAGUCGGGCCGUUGAGAUAUCAAGCAAUGAAUACGAACCUUCUGAACGUGAUAUUCUCUACGCAGAAGGGGUCACUCAAGGAAAUGGUUUGGCUUUCAUAGAAUUCUACCUUGAUGAUCGCAGUCCAAUGUCUGAAACAUACACAGAUAAUCUGGAUGCUCCACCCCCACCUCUGACCAGAUAUCAACUGAUUAGAGUAAAUGCAAAGGGGAUGAAUGAGGGGUGUAAAUGGGUGGAAAUGUUUGAAGAUGUGCGAGCAGUAGUAUUCUGUGUAGCCCUUAGUGACUACGAUCAGAUGUGGCUUGCACCAGAGAGUAGUGGCAGUGGAUCUUUACUUCAGAACAAGAUGAUGCAAAGCAAGGAGUUAUUUGAGACAAUGAUUAGGCACCCUUGCUUUAAGGAUACACCUUUUGUGCUGAUACUUAACAAGUAUGAUGUCUUUGAAGAGAAGGUUAAUCGGGUGCAUUUAAGUGCUUGUGAGUGGUUUAAUGACUUCAGUCCCGUGCAACCUCACCACAACAACCAAUCACUUGUUUACCAGGGCUACUACUAUAUCGCAAUGAAGUUUAAAGAUCUCUAUGCUUCCAUCACAGGCCGCAAACUUUUUGUAUGGAAAGCUAGGGCAAGGGACCGAGUGACCAUUGAUGAGGCAUUCAAGUACACAAGGGAGGUUCUCAAGUGGGAUGAGGAAAAAGAGGAUAAUUACUAUGGUGGAGCUGAGGAUUCAUUCUACAGUACUGACCUGAGCUCCUCACCAUUUGUCAGGCAAGAGUGA